GAUGCAAGUGGAUGGAGUCAGCAGUGUAUGUGUGAUAGAGAGAGGGAAAAGACAAGCCCACAAGAGCUGAAUGAGGAUUACAAUGCGUAUGAUGCUAGACUAGAGACAGGAGGUAAUAUUAACAGAUUGUUCUGAAUCUCUCUUCAUCUUUUUUAUUCUCCAAUCAUCUUCUUUCUUUGGAAUAUCAUUUAGCUAAGUGCCUCUGCUGCUAUAGCCAGGGUGAUCUCAUCUCUUGUGUGCACCAGGACUGAAGAGUGAGUAAGGACUUAGCUGGGAACUCCCUGCCAAAGAGAGGGAGAGAGAAGAGAGCUAUCAGGGGACACACUAGGAUUCAGUGUGGACCUGAGGGAGAGCCGAGGAGGUAAGAUGAGUCAAAACAACGGGGACACACUGACAGCCCGUGGACCUGACUUGACCAGCAUCAGCAACCGGGCCCCCUGGGAAGAUGCUAGGAUGAAGUUGAAGCCCUCCACCCCCACCAGGAAACCUAAACCUCCAAAGCCGGAGAAUGCCAUUACCAUUGGCGUGUCGGCACGAGUCCUCUUCAACAUGGAGAAGGAGCAGCAGAUCUACGAGCAGCAGGGCCUUGAAGACUACAUCAAGUAUCAGAUGGAGCAUGAAACGCAGCCUUUCAGCCCCGGCCCUGCCUUCUCCUUUGUCAAGGCUCUGGAGGCUGUGAACACUCAACUGAGGGAGCUUUACCCUGACAGCGAGGAGCUGUUUGAUGUGGUGCUCAUGACCAACAACCAUGCAUACGUCGGCCUAAGACUUAUCAAUACCAUCAAUCAUCACCAGUUGUUCAUCGAGCGCUUCUGUAUGACGGGAGGGAACAGUCCCAUAGGCUACUUGAAGGCCUACCACACUAACCUGUACCUGUCUUCUGAUCCAGACAAGGUUCGAGAAGCUCUGGAAGAAGGUAUAGCAGCAGCUACCAUGUUCACCCAAGAGAAGAUAACGGAAGUGUCGGACACCCAGCUGCGAGUCGCCUUCGAUGGUGACGCCGUCCUCUUCUCUGAUGAGUCUGAGCGCAUUUACAAGGCCCAUGGACUGGACAAGUUCUUUGAGCACGAGAAGGCACACGAGAACAAGCCUCUAGACCAUGGACCCCUGAAAUGUUUCCUGGAGGCUUUAGGAAAGCUGCAGAAGAAGUUUUAUGGCAAAGGUCAGCGCAUGGACUGCCCCAUCCGGACCUACUUGGUGACCGCUCGCAGCGCAGCCAGCUCUGGUACCAGGGCUCUGAAGACUCUGCGCUCGUGGGGUCUGGAGAUCGAUGAGGCUCUCUUUCUGGCAGGGGCACCCAAGGGCCCCAUGCUUGAGAAGAUCAGGCCGCACAUUUUCUUUGAUGACCAGAUGUUUCAUGUGGAGGGGGCAGCGGAAAUCGGGACAGUAGCAUGCCACGUGCCCUAUGGGAUAUCUCAGGCAAUGCCGAAGAAAGGAAUCAAUGAUAAAGAGACUUCUUCAGCACCAAAGUAGCCUGAACAUCACUGGGUUACAACUGUAUAUUUACCUGUUAUUUUAUCCAUUGUUUUUUACAUUUUCAGUUAAUAAAAAGAGGUACAACUUUCUAACAAGAGCUCAACUAAACCCUUUAUCAUUUUAGAUUAUUCAGGGUGCAAAAUUGUAUGACUAUAUUGUAAAAAAGGGCUGCAGAGGAUCUAGACCAAAAUAAAUUAUAAAACCACAUACAUUAUCCACUAAUGAUUUGUUAACAUUUAUUACUAUUACUAAAUAGAGUAGAUAUACACCAUCAAGGGAUCAUUCACAACCUUGACACCUACAUCUCUGCUUCUUACCCUGCCUCCCCGUUUUUUUUACUGCUUUUGGUUCCGCAUUCCUGCCAAACCCUGACAGAACAAACUCAUCAAGAUGGACCCAGCAGUACUUUUUAGGAUGACCUUUAUGAUUUAUCUCACAAGCUUUUAUGCAUUCUUGUGGAGUGGAGGAGAGCACCUUAUAAAGAGGCUCAGGAGGCCGCUCUUUCCCUUCCAUGCCGGGAAGUGGCUGAUAAGCCCUGGUUAUGGAGCUCACUGCCAGGCUUUUGAAGGAACUUUGUGAAUUCUUCCAAUAGACUACACGCCUGCGUUAAACUCCUGUUACCCCUGUGCUCCGGAUGCUGUGUCUCCAGAGGGGUCCCACAGGCCUCCUGCCCGUCCUACAGAGGGGUCCUGUUGUCCUCCAGAGGGGACCCGCCGCAUUCCAAGGCGACCUCCAGAGUGGUCCCUUUAAAAAACACAACAAAUCUUAUCAAAAUAAAGUAUAUUAAAAAAAAAGAAGCAGAACCAAAUACCCCAAAAAAACACAGAUUCAAAGCAAGAUUUAUUUAGACACCAUAAAAUGAACUGUUGGGGAAAUAUUUUCCUAGGCCCAUAACUUUGACCUAGUCUACCAGUUUGUACUGCCCUCGCGGAGCACAGGCCUGCGACCUUGGGCUGCUGUGCUAUCUGUGUCCCUGCCUGUUGGCGGCAGCUGAUAGAGGUGUUAUCGUUGUGUGCCUGAUUUGUCUUGUCAUGCAAAAUGUAAAUUAUUCUCUCAGAACCAGCUAAAUACAUGGGACUGGGGGGGAGAGAUCUUCAGAAUUGGUUUGGACAAGAGCUGUAUCACCUCAUGGCUGCAGCAAAUGUCUUUGUCAAUCCUCCAGCCGUAACUUCAAAUAAAUAAAUUUGCCAUCAA